AUGGCUCAAGCAGCUAAGCAGCUGAAGAAAAUCAAAGAUAUUGAGGCUCAGGCUCUGCAGGAGCAGAAGGAGAAGGAGGAAUCCAACCGCAAGCGCAGGCGGAAGAAAAAGGCUGAUGCUGCAACCAGUUUCUUGAGAGCUGCAAGAUCCGGGAAUCUCGACAAAGCCUUGGAUCACCUCAGGAAUGGGGUAGAUAUUAACACCUGUAACCAGAACGGGCUGAACGCCUUGCACCUGGCCUCCAAGGAGGGCCACGUGAAGAUGGUGGUGGAGCUGCUGAACAAGGAGAUUGUGUUGGAGACAACGACCAAGAAGGGAAACACAGCUCUGCACAUUGCUGCCCUGGCUGGACAACAGGACGUGGUCCGGGAACUGGUCAACUAUGGGGCCAACGUCAACGCUCAGUCACAGAAAGGCUUCACACCCCUCUACAUGGCAGCACAGGAAAACCACCUAGAAGUUGUCAAGUUCUUGCUGGAAAAUGGAGCCAACCAGAAUGUAGCCACAGAGGAUGGCUUCACGCCGCUAGCCGUGGCUCUGCAGCAAGGACAUGAGAACGUGGUUGCUCACCUUAUCAACUACGGGACGAAGGGUAAGGUCCGCCUGCCUGCCCUGCACAUUGCAGCCCGCAACGAUGACACCCGCACAGCUGCCGUGCUGCUGCAGAAUGACCCCAAUGCUGAUGUCCUCUCCAAGACUGGAUUUACCCCCUUGCACAUUGCAGCCCACUACGAGAAUCUCAGCGUAACGCUGAACCGUGGAGCCAGUGUCAACUUCACACCCCAGAACGGGAUCACUCCCCUGCACAUAGCCUCCCGCCGGGGCAACAUCAUCAUGGUGCGGCUGCUGCUGGACCGCGGCGCCCAGAUCGAGACAAGGACCAAGGACGAGCUCACCCCUCUGCACUGUGCAGCUCGCAAUGGACACGUGCGGAUCGCAGAGAUCCUGCUGGACCACGGGGCUCCCAUUCAAGCCAAAACCAAGGUACCCACGGGACUCUGGGGGGUUGGCGACCACCUGGACUGCGUGCGCCUGCUCCUGCAGUACAGCGCCGAGAUCGACGACAUCACCCUGGACCACCUCACGCCGCUGCACGUGGCCGCCCACUGCGGGCACCACCGGGUGGCCAAGCUGCUGGUGGAGAAGGGGGCCAAGCCCAACGCCCGCGCCCUGAAUGGCUUCACGCCCCUCCAUAUCGCCUGCAAGAAGAACCACAUCCGGGUGAUGGAGCUGCUGCUGAAGACGGGGGCCUCCAUCGAUGCCGUCACAGAGUCCGGCCUGACUCCCCUGCAUGUGGCUGCCUUCAUGGGUCACCUAAAAAAGACCCUGCUGCAGCGUGGAGCCUCUCCUAAUGUGUCCAAUGUGAAAGUGGAGACGCCCCUACACAUGGCAGCCAGAGCUGGGCACACGGAUGUGGCAAAGUACCUGCUGCAGAACAAAGCCAAAGCCAACGCCAAGGCCAAGGACGACCAGACCCCUCUGCACUGCGCUGCACGCAUCGGCCACACCGGCAUGGUCAGCCUGCUGCUGGAGAGCAACGCCAACCCCAACCUGGCCACAACCGCAGGACACACACCCCUGCACAUCACCGCCAGAGAGGGGCACGUGGACACGGCCCUGGCCCUGCUGGAGAAGGGAGCCUCGCAAGCCUGCAUGACCAAGAAAGGAUUUACCCCUCUCCACGUUGCAGCCAAGUACGGGAAGGUGGAUGUGGCAGAGCUGCUGCUGGCGCGCGAUGCUCACCCCAACGCGGCAGGGAAGAACGGCCUCACCCCGCUGCACGUGGCUGUGCACCACAACAACCUAGAGAUCGUCAAGCUGCUGCUUCCCAAGGGGAGCUCCCCGCACUGCGGCCUGGGUAAGAACGGGUACACCCCCCUGCACAUCGCUGCCAGGCAGAACCAGAUGGAGGUGGCCAGCAGCUUGCUGCAGUACGGAGCUUCUGCAAAUGCGGAGUCUGUGCAGGGAGUCACCCCCCUGCACCUGGCUUCCCAGGAGGGGCACACGGACAUGGUGGCACUGCUUUUCUCCAAACAAGCCAACGGCGACCUGGGCAACAAGAGCGGCCUGACUCCUCUCCAUCUCGUGGCCCAGGAGGGGCAUGUGCUGGUUGCUGAUGUUCUGGUGAAACACGGAGUCACAGUGGAUGCAACGACCAGGAUGGGCUACACCCCGCUGCACGUGGCCAGCCACUAUGGGAACAUCAAGCUGGUGAAGUUUCUGCUGCAGCAUCAGGCUGAUGUCAAUGCCAAGACUAAGCUGUGCUACACCCCCCUGCACCAGGCAGCACAGCAGGGCCACACGGACAUAGUGACGCUGCUGCUGAAGCACGGUGCCUCUCCCAACGAGAUCAGCACGAACGGCACCACUCCCCUGGCCAUCGCAAAGCGGCUUGGCUACAUUUCUGUCACUGAUGUGCUCAAGAUUGUCACAGAGGAAACAGACAUCCCGUCAGUUGGCGACAAGCACCGCAUGAGCUUCCCAGAGACUGUAGAUGAGAUUCUGGAC